UUUUAGCAGCUGUUUAAUUGAAUCAUACAUGAACAAAUUUAGCUUUCAUAUUGCUAUUGAUUUUUGUUUGCAUAUCGUGCAAUCCUAAUCGGGCAUUUUCGAAAAAGUUUCGAUUAGAUAACAUUCAUUUGAGCAUGGAACUCCGGCGUAAGUGGUCGAAUGCGCGCACAAACAGAAUUUGGUUGGGGUUGAUGAUUUUUUUGCACCUGAAAAUUGACUUCCAACUGGAUGUUGCCGAGGCUGCCGAUAUUUUGGGAAUAUUUCCCUAUCUUCACACAGCAGGACCUUUAUUUGUGCGGCCUUUGGUUCGCGUUUUGGUUGAAAGAGGCCAUAAGGUGACGGUCAUUUCCCCCGAACAUACACCAACCGACAUAGAAGGUGUUCGCCAUAUUCGAGUUCCCGAGCUUAAUCGUCAAAUUCGAAAAAUUAUGGACCCGGACCACUACUUUCAUUUCUUUUCUACCAAAUGGAAAAAAAGCAUUUUGGCCGCCACUAUGCUCGCCAACGUGUCGACUGCUCUUCUGGCUGACGAGGGCGUACGGAAAAUGAUGAAAGACCGCAGUGAGCGUUUCGAUAUGGUCAUGAUAGAGGCGAGUCACUUGGAAGCAAUGUACGGCCUUGCGGAAUACUACAACGCCACCCUCAUGGGGAUCGCCAGCAUGCGCCUCAAUUGGCAUGUCGAUGAACUGGCGGGAAACCCAUCCCCAAGCAUCCAUGAGUCCAUCUCCCUGGAAGGUCCUCCCUUGAAGUACUCGCUGCUAGGUCGAUUCUAUAACUGGCUGGACAUAACGGAAGAGUAUCUGCUGGAGCGCUUAGUCAUCCGACCUUCUCAGCUGAAAAUCUUUAAAUGGUUUUUCGGAUACUCGGCCGAGAAACUGGAGGAGCUGCGCUCCAGGUUUAAUCUAAUCCUAAUCAACACACACUUCAGCAUGGGUCGGGUGAGAGCCAAUGUGCCCAACAUCAUUGAGGUGGGAGGCAUGCACCUUUCCGAUCCACCGGAGCCCUGUGACGAGGAGUUGCAACGGUUUUUGGACGAAGCGGAGCAUGGAGUCAUUUACUUCUCAAUGGGCCUUGAGAUCCGAUUCAAGUAUCUUCCAGAUUAUAUGCAACAGCCAUUGCUCCAGAGCUUCGCAGAACUAAAGCAGAGGGUAGUGUGGAAGAACGAACUCUUUACGAGUCCCAAUAAAACGGACAACGUCUUCAGAAUCGGGAAGGCACCCCAGCGGAUAAUUCUGUCUCACCCAAACACCAGGCUCUUUAUUACCCAUGGUGGGUUACUGAGUGUCAUAGAGGCUAUUGAUAGUGGGGUUCCCAUGUUGGGAUUGCCCUUAUUUUUCGAUCAGUUCAAUAACAUGCAACGCGUGGAGUCGGCGGGAGUGGCCAAGGUCCUGGACUGGAACAGUCUGAGUGUGGAUAAUCUAAUCAGCACCGUCCACGAAAUAAUAGAAGACCCUAAAUAUGCUCAAAAGGCCAGAGAAACGGCGCAGAACUUUAGGGAUCGUCCUAUGAAUCCCUUGGACACGGCGGUCUGGUGGACCGAAUAUGCCUUGCGACACAGGAAUGCCACCCACAUAAGACUUAAUAAGGGGGAGCUUCCAUUCAUGGUUUACUACCAACUGGAUAACCUUCUUCCCCUUAUCCUGCGAAUCGGGGUGAUCCUUGUAUCAAUCAUAUUUUUUAGCUAUAAAUUAUUCGAAAAACUGCAAAUUCGACAGAGAAGGCUGCAAGAAAGAAAUUUGUUUUUGAGGCAGCAGAUUAUGUUGCGUUAAAUCAGCAGUCUUAUAAUAUUUAGUUAUAUUCGCACUCCUAUUUAUUACUAUAUUAAUAAAAAAUUUACUGUAAAAGCUUUUUAAAAACA